AUGCGUGCUGAUCAAACCUUUCUCUUAGAGUGCGAGAACUAAGCUCGGCGACGCGAGUUCCCGAUUUCGGGUUUAGUCAACUCGGUACAUUUAUUGGGCUUGGGCCUCAACUGUUUUACUUUGUAUUUAAUGGGCUUUUUGUCUUUAAUGCGACGGUUGCUCUUUCCCUUCCCACUCCUCGAGAAACAGGAAAAGCUACACGCCUUUGAGGCAAUAAUUGCCUUUUCUCAAUUUCCAAAAAUGGUUUAA